AGCGUCGCUGUUUCAGCACAAGCUUCCAAAAACACUCGCGCUGCUUCUCGUCUCCAAUUUCGCACACUCGACUUCAUUUGCGCGACACAACAACGCCACGCGAGUCAAAUCUUGUCGCCCAAUGAUGAGGAAUGCCAAAGUGACGUCAUCGGCACAGGUAGAGAAGGCGCGUCUUCCGGUUUGCUGUCAUUUGCCGUUCGGCCGUCGACGAGGAGGCGUCGUCGUCACUUUGUGGACGAAAAGGAGCAAAACAUGGCGAAGCUGAACUUGUGUGUCUUGUUUGUCGCGGCUGCGCAAAUCCACAGCGUGACGCCCGUGCUUCACACGCUCAAGUUUUUCACGACAGCAUCGUCUCAAAUUCCAAACAUCCCAGGCUUCUCGGUGGUCGGUUAUGUUGACGACGUUCCGAUUUGGCACUACGACAGCAAGAGCAGGAAAACAAAACCCAAACAGGACUGGGUGAACAAAAUCACAGCAGAUGAUCCUCACUACUGGGAGAGACUGACACACAGAAAUAUUGGUUUUGAGCAGGUCUCCAAAAUCGACAUCGAAACUGCCAAUGAGCGCUUCAACCAAACUGGAGGUGUUCACAUGUUCCAGUUGAUGUUGGGCUGCGAAUGGGACGACGAGACCGAUGAGGUUGAUGGUUGGCUACACCACAGUUACGAUGGAGAAGCCUUCAUCUCGUUGGAGGUGAAGACAAUGAGAUGGAUCGCAGCUCACCCACAAGCUUUCGUCACCAAACUCAAGUGGGACAGUUACGAACUUUAUAAUCUAAACAAGAAGCACUACUUCACUGAGAUUUGUCCUUCUUACAUGAAGAAGCAUGUGACCAAUGGGAGGGACUUCCUGAUGAGAACAGAGCUUCCCACGGUGUCUCUCCUCCAGAAGACGCCGUCCUCUCCGGUCACCUGCCACGCGACGGGUUUCUACCCCAUCGUGGCCGCCCUGUUUUGGAGGAAGGACGGCGAGGAGCUCCACGAGGACGUGGAGACGGGAGAGACCCUCCGCAACCACGACGGAACCUUCCAGAUGACGGCCGACCUGAAAGCGGAGGUGACCGAUGAAGCCGAGGGCCGCUACGAAUGCGUGUUCCAGCUGUCCGGCGUGGCGGACGACAUCGUCGUCAAGCUGGAGAGAAGAAGCAUCCGGAGCAACGCGCGCAUCCGAGGUGACCGACGCUCAGAUCGUCGCGCGUCGGAACGAUCGCUCACACGUUUUCUUCUUUCUUCUCACUCUGCGAAGAGGAAGAAAAGAGGAAGAUGGCGCUGGCCGUCGCUGUCCCGCUGGCGGUCCUCGCUCUGGCGGCGGCGGCGGUCGCGGUCCUCGUCAAGCUUUACAAAAGCAGACGAGCCAAAUACGAUCCAGCUUCCCUCGACGCCGAUUCCGAGCCCGCCUCCGAGCCCGCCGCCCCGACGCCCGCUUCCGAGUGAGACGCAGCCGCCGUCGCACGGUGUCGGAACACGAGAGAGACGUCUCCAUCGAGCGCUUUCUCAUCACGCUCGGGUUUGAAAACAGAGAUGGGAUUUGUUCUUCACGCAGACAAUUUGUGCAAUGAAGAUGUUUCUGUUACGUCACAGUUUUUGCUGGCUUUGGUGUCUCGGGUGAGACUCGUUUGAGUCGAUGGGGUUGCUUUCUUCUGUCCGUUAAGUUUGUCAGAAAUCGGCGCAGUCACACACUGAGAGGAUUUCUUCUUUCGUUGUAUCAAGCACUUGAAUAGCUACGAUGAAUUGAUAUCACAAUGUGUCGAUUGCUGGUUUGCCUCGCACUCCUUUUAUCAGUCCAAAAUGAUUUUAUAAUCCUGUUAUGGAUUCACUUCAACAAACAACUCUGUCAAUUUGUACUUUGCUCAGAAUGUGACAAUGUUGUUGAUUGCGUUUGUUUUUGGAACUUGAGAUCGAGAUUUGGACCAAUAAACGGAUGAUCGUAAA